AUGAGCUUUUUAGGAUACGGCGCCACUGGAAGCAGCAACAAUAACACCCCCCGCGCAGGAGGACAAUCUUCGUCUUUGGGAGUGACAUCCUCAGACGGCCGACCUUCCCGGGAUGACUAUCUCCAGUUGGCAUCAUCAUCUCAAGAUACCGAGAAUGUCAUCUCAGCAGACGGCGGACUCGUGCCAUCGGCCGCUGGAGUGCAAAGUCGGUACGAUGAAGGAAACGCUGGAAACGUAGGUGUAGGUGCAGGAACGGAUGAAAAGAUGCCAUUGAGCUCUCAGACACAUGCUGGUGGUCGUGUAGGGGACGACGGAGUGACUGGCCACGAUCAUGGUCCUGGGGAGCAUUGCCUGUUGCCGAAUAUGAUCCAACCUUUGGUACCGUCGACACAUCAUGAUAUGCUCGAACAUGUUGUUGUGAAAGUGAGGGAUAGCGCGGAUGUUACGCAGAAGACGAUUUUUUACUUUUGGGACGAGUGGAAACAAUUUGUCGACCGAGGAAAUGUGAUCGACCUUGGAAUUGGUGUCGUAAUUGGUGGGGCAUUCAGCGAUAUCAUCGACUCGUUCGUGGCCGACAUCUUGACACCGCCGCUGUCGUUGUGGGCCGCGGGCACGAACCUUGAGAAUUCGUUUAUUGUCCUGAAGCAUGGACAGACACCGGGCAAGAUCUAUGCGACCUAUCAGGAGGCACAAGCCGAUGGUGCAGUGACCGAGAACACUGGUCACUUUUUGAAAUCGUGCCUUAACUUUGUGAUGAUCGCGUUCUUUCUCUUCUGGAUCGUUAAAGCGGUACACAAUAUCAGGAAGGAAAAGAUUCGCCCGCCACCAAAGGAAAAGACCUGUAAUUGGUGUCGAGAAUCUAUUGCAUUGGACGCCUUCCGCUGCAAGUUCUGUCAGAGUUUCGUGAAAGAUAUUCCCGGGAUCGAGGACGCCGGCGUCGGUAUGUUUGUCACCAUCAAGAAGCCCAGGCAGCAAACUCUGCCGCAGAAUCAGUCUUCGGUAGUAGACUCUUCGGCAGUCUCAGCACCUGGUGUUGCAAAGAAUGGGAGGUCAGUGAUAUCUGGAUCGAAGGACAUUAAAAAGAUGGAGAGUAUAUAGAGUAGACCAGUUUGUCCAAAGUCGAAUCUUGCC